AUGGAAGGACGUCCUGUUGAAUUAAGUGUUGAGGAAAAGCUUAAAAUUGCUACCAGCUUCUUGCUUAAUAGCCCUCCCGGAGAAAUCACUGAGGUCUAUAAUGAUGUUAAAGUCUUAAUGAAUAAUAAUGUGAUGUUUCAAGAAGGUCUCUUGGACGCAUUACAGCAAUACAAUACUGAACAAUAUACAACGGUAACUUUUCCGGGACAGGAAGCUCAGGUCAUAUUAUCAAAAUAUGGACAACUCGAAAACGAUCGGUUUCUCGAUCCAAAAUCACAUCAAACAUUUAAAGUCGAUCAUAUGCGUCUAACUGUAGCCGAAGUCGAAAGUCAAACUCCAGAUGAAACAACAGAGCCAUUAAGAUCUGCAGUUGAAACAGCAAUUUCAGAAUAUGUGACGGAUCAUUAUCCCAAGGGCGCUUCGGCAACUUACUCUACAGGAGAAACGCUAACGAUUGCAAUUGUGGAUAACAAAUAUAGUCCAUCAAAUCUUUGGAAUGGUAGAUGGCGGUCGACUUGGGUUAUAUCACCUGAAUCUGGAGAAAUAAAAGGAACAAUCAAAGUCAAUGUCCACUAUUACGAAGAUGGGAACGUACAAUUGAAUUCUACAAAGGAUAUUGAAAUCACCUCUUCUCCAGUGAAUUCAGAAGACCUUUCCGAAUCAGCUGCCGCCUAUGCCAGAUCAAUCUGCAAAGCUGAGAACGAAUUUCAAAAUGCAUUGAAUGAAUCUUAUGUUGAAUUAUCAGAACAUACAUUUAAGGGAUUGAGGCGUGCUCUCCCAUUGACACGUCAAAAGAUCGACUGGGAUAAG